UUAUCGGUUGAAGCAUUAUCAACGCAUGGUCGCCAUUUUGUUGGUUGGCAAAACAUUAUAAUAAUUUUCGUAUUAUGCACAGUAAAGUGUAUCUGAUGGUUCAUUAUUUAAGUAUUUUGUAAAUGUAAAUGCAUUACAUUUAAGCUGAUUUUUAUGUUACAUUAAUUAUAGUAAUUAUGCCAGUAUCUUGUGUGGCAUAUGGAUGUACCAAUAGGUAUAAAUCCGGUCAAAAUAUUCAUUUUUUUCGAUUUCCUUUGAAUAAUGAAAAUGUAAACCAAAAGUGGAUUAUUGCAUUGAGACGAAAAAAUUUUAUACCAUCCCAAUGGAGUCGUAUAUGCAGUAUUCAUUUUAUUGACAAUGAUUAUGAAAUAAGACCUGGUACCACUAAACCAUGUUUAAAAAUUGAUGCUGUACCAUCAAAUUUCCCAUCUUUUCCUUCUUACCUUCAAAAACCUGCCAAAUGUCCUAAUAAAUAUUCUCACUCUAUAUUAGUUAAUGUCAAAAAUAGAGGAGGGUUGAUUAAAAGUUCAAUUAAUGUAAUUAAAAUAGUUAGAGUUAUUGAAAAUACCUUAAUUCAAUUAACUUUAGGUCUUAGUACAUUAAAUAUACCAGGUUUAAAGAAUAAAGAAACAGACGAGAAGGAAAGUGAAAUCGAUAAGCCACAAAUCGUGGUUCUUGAAGUAACUACACAUAACAAAGAAACUGAAGAGAAGGAAAGUGAAGUCGAUGAGCCACAAUACAUUGUUGAGAACCUAAAAACUGAUAAGAAUAUCUAA